UGAAAACAUAACCUAAUGUGGUGCUUCACCUCUAAACAUUUUUGUAUCCAAGAUCUUGUAGGUGGCCAUGAACCAGGAUGGAAAGCAGUGCCAACUAAUGAUCCUGAGGUUCAAGAUGCAGCAAAUCAUGCUGUUAAGUCCAUCCAGAAGAGAUCAAACUCCUUGUCCCCCUAUGAACUUCUAGAGGUCCUUCUAGCUAAGGCCAAGGUCAUUGAAGAUUAUGCCAGAUUUGAAUUGCUUGUGAAGCUGAGGAGGGGAAUAAAGGAAGAGAAGUUCAGGGUUGAAGUAAAUAAGUAUAUUGAAGGAAAGUUCUUUUUGAAUCAGUUUGAACAAGAUCACUCCUGAAUUUAGUAAUUAUUAUGUGUUAAAAUAAUUUGUGGAGUUAUGCUGCUAUCGUAGACAAUGUGAUCGACUAAUGGUCUUUUCUUCCAUUUUGGGUCUUACUUCUUCAGAUCUAUUUGAUUCAUG